AUGUUACAGGUCAGCGAGGCGGCCGCGCCCAGCUGGACCUGCUGGACCUCUGCCGCCGCCACCAGCCGCAUCCAGAACCCGGCGGGGAGGAGGAAACCUGCAGGGGUCAAAGGAGUGUUUGACAUCGACUUGGAGACUGAGGACAUCAGCGACACAGAGGAGGAUGACUGUGCCUUCACUGUGGCAGAGCCUGACAAUGUUCUGAAAGCUGCCUUGAAUAAAUCAGAAUUGCGAUGUAAUCCUGCAUAUCUGAUCGGUUCCUGCUGCUUUUCCAGUGUUCAGACGGAGGAGGUGGAGCUGACCAGCGAGAGUGUGAACAGGGACAGCGAGCGAGUCGGACCCGACUGCUUUGAGCUGCUCACCGUUCUGGGAAAAGGAGCCUAUGGCAAGGUUUUCCAGGUCAGGAAGGUUCAGGGUGCUCAGACCGGGAAAAUAUUUGCCAUGAAAGUACUGAAAAAGGCUAAGAUCGUCUGCAACGCCAAAGACACGGCGCACACGCGAGCCGAGCGCGAGAUCCUGGAGACUGUGAGGCACCCGUUCAUCGUGGACCUGCUGUACGCCUUCCAGACCGGAGGAAAGCUCUACCUCAUCCUGGAGUGUCUGAGUGGGGGGGAGCUGUUCAUGCAGCUGGAGAAGGAGGGCAUCUUCUUGGAGGACACAGCCUGUUUCUACCUGGGAGAGAUCACAAUGGCUCUGGGUCACCUCCACUCCAACGGCAUCAUCUACAGAGACCUGAAACCCGAGAACAUAAUGCUCAAUCACCAAGGCCACAUCAAGCUGACCGACUUCGGGCUCUGUAAGGAGUCCAUCCACGACGGCAGCGUCACGCACACCUUCUGCGGCACCAUCGAAUACAUGGCCCCAGAGAUCCUGACCCGGUUGGGCCACAACAGAGCCGUGGACUGGUGGAGCCUGGGGGCGCUGAUGUACGACAUGAUGACCGGAUCGCCUCCUUUCACCGCCGAAAACAGGAAGAAGACCAUCGACAAGAUCCUGAAGUGUAAGAUCAACCUGCCGCCAUAUCUGACCAUCGAUGCCAGGGACCUCAUCAAGAAGCUGCUGAAGAAGAACCCGGCCCAGAGGCUGGGCUCCGGCCAGGCCGACGCCGCCGAUAUCCAGGAUAAUUAUGAUGAUAUUAAUGGUGAUAAUCCUAAUGAUGAUAAUCCUAAAGAUGAUAAUCCUUAUGAUGAUAAUCUUAAUAAUGAUAACUCUGAUGAUAAUCCUAAAGAUGAUAAUCCUAAUGAUGAUAAUCUUAAUAAUGAUAACUCUAAUGAAGAUAAUCCUGAAGAUGAUAAUCCUAAAGAGGAUAAUUCUAAUGAUGAUAAUCCUGAAGAUGAUAAUCCUAAAGAGGAUCAUUCUAAUGAUGAUAAUCCUGAAGAUGACUAUCCUAAAGAUGAUAAUCCUAAAGAUGAUAUUAAUGAUGAUAUUAAUGAUGAUAUUAAUGAUGAUAAUCCUAAAGAUGAUAAUUCUGAUGAUAAUCCUAAAGAUGAUAAUCCUAAUGAUGAUAAUUCUAAUGAUGAUAAUCCUAAAGAUGAUAAUUCUAAUGAUGAUAAUUCUAAUGAUGAUAAUCCUAAAGAUGAUAUUAAUGAUGAUAUUAAUGAUGAUAAUCCUAAUGAUGAUAUUAAUGAUGAUAAUCCUAAAGAUGAUAAUCCUAAUGAUGAUAUUAAUGAUGAUAUUAAUGAUGAUAUUAAUGAUGAUAAUCCUCUCGUUCGUCUGCAGAAACACCCGUUCUUCAGACACAUCAACUGGGACGAGCUGCUGAGCAGAAGUGUGGAGCCGCCCUACAAGCCUCGGCUGCUGUCGGACGAGGACGUGAGUCAGUUCGACAGCCGCUUUACCCGCCAGACGCCGGUGGACAGCCCUGACGACAGCACGCUGAGCCACAGCGCCGAGCUGGCCUUCGCCGGCUUCACCUACGUGGCCCCGUCCGUGCUGGAGAGUCUGAAGGAGGGCUUCUCCUUCGAGCCCCGCUCACGCCCCGCCCGCCGCCACAACAGCAGCCCCCGCACGCCCAUCAGUCCCCUGAAGUUUUCUCCGGCCGGACCCUUUAAGACCUGCCUGGACGGUGAGCCGGAGCCCUUCUCCCCCCCGCCGGCGGCGGCCGCACCGCCUCAGAACUCGCUGGAGAACGGCGGCGCCAGCCAGCCAAUCAAAACGCCCGCCAGGAACAAGAAGAAGGGCCAUCGGAGAUGA